AUGGCUGCCUCGAGUCGCGGCCGCUUCGCGGCCUUCCGCCGGGUCACCUGCACCGCCGGCCUGCUGGUCCUUUGCCUGGCGGCCCUGUGCCGGGGCCCCGGGGCGCAAGCCCUGCCGGUGGUGCAGACGCCCGACACGGCGGCCAGCGCCUCCGGCCAGUCCUUCGUGCCGUCGUACGUGAUCAUGCCGCCGAUCAAGCCGCCGCAGCCGGAGUCCUUCAUCCUGGAGCUGAAGGCCCCGAGCCCGGUGCACAACAAGACCUUCGCCGAGAUGAUCGAGCGCCACCUGCAGAAGAUCGUUUCGUCGGCCGGCUCCGGCAGCAUGGCCGGCGUGGCGCUGGAAGACCUGGACGACCGCGACGAUGACUGGCCCGAGGCCGAGCCCGGGCCCGGCGCGCCGGCGGUCCGCGCAUACCGGACUGCCCUGGCCGAGGCCGGCCUCGGGCUGGCCUCCAACCGGACCCCGCGCGCGCGCACCAUCAUCGGCGGCAACCAGUAUGGCUACUGGAUCCGCCUGGACUACGAGUAUGAGGUGAUCUUCAUCUGGCGGCCGCUGCCUUCCAAGACCGGGUCCGGCAUCAGCCGCUACCCCAGCAAGGAGGGUCUGGUCACUGUGAGCAGCAGCAGCAGCACCAUCACCACCAACCAGGCCUCGGUGCUCAUGGACUCGGGCUCGGGCUCGGGUCGGGCCACCGGCGAGCUGCCCUUCCCGACGAAUGGCACCCUGCCGGGGGGCCUGGAGGACAUCGUCACCUCGGUGGACGGCGACGAGGACAGGAAAUCCCCGCAGGUGGUCCGAGUGAACAACCGCCUCCAGCACAAGGGCCUCCUCAGCAUCCAGGGCGCCACGGCCGACAUGAUUGACGACAUCCGCAACUGGGCCGAGAUCAAGGGCAUCGAGCUGGUCUUGAUAGCGGCUGUGUAG